AUGGCGAGCGAUAAACCCUUCAAAGCCGCUCUCAUUAUUGUCGACUUUCAAGAAGACUUUUGUCCGCCUAACGGCUCCCUCGCUGUCCCAGAAGGCCGCACCAUCGCACCUACAAUCAACACCCUGACAACCCUCCCCUUCCAUCUCAUCCUCGCGACAAAAGACUUUCACCCGCCCAAUCACAUCUCCUUCGCGAGUAACCACCCAUCAUCAACACCAUACACAUCCACAACGACAAUCACGCACCCGCGUGACUCCUCCCGCAGCUACGAAACCACCCUAUGGCCCAUCCACUGCGUCCAAGGAACCCCCGGCGCUGAUUUGGUCCCUGAGCUAGACGUCUCGCGGCUGCACGCUGUUAUUGAAAAGGGCCAGGAUAAGAAUGUUGAGAUGUACAGUGCAUUUUACGAUCCCUUCAAAGUGAGUGAUAGUGGUCUUGCUGGGAUGUUGGGCGAGCAGCAGAUUACGGAUGUCUUUGUCGUUGGAUUGGCAGCAGAUUUUUGUGUCAAGGCUACGGCUGAGGAUGCGGUUAAAGAAGGUUAUUCCGCAUGGAUAGUAAAUGAGGGCACAAAGCCCGUUAUGCCUGACAAGUGGGAAGAGUGUAGAAGGGGUAUGGAGGAGAAGGGUAUCAAGUUCACAUCAGUCACGGAUGCAGUGGACAAGCUCACUAGUCCUAAGCCUUAG